GCUAUCGAGAUAUGAUUCUAAUUUAUACAGAUGAUUUGCUGCUUCCCUGCAUGUUGAUUUGGUAUCAUUAUGAAUAAUGACACAUAUAUCCUUUUAACAUUCAAUAUACACAUAUUAAAUGAAUUAAAAUGAAGAUAAUAACAUCUACCUCUUUUUUCUUAAGUUGUCUGACGUCUCCUGUGGAUUUACACGGUUUUUGGCCCAUAGCAUCAUAGUAAAGUCGAAGAAGGAAGAGACAGUUGUAGUGUGCAGUUCUCUGUCUAUUUUCUUAUGUCUACAGUAUCUAUUACAAAACAACAGAUUACUUCAAAACUGUACCGUUGGUCUCACACAAAAUAUAUUAAACAAUGACAAUGUUAUCAACGAAAUCACUAGACAUGUAAACCAACGUCUGAUUUAAUAUUAGACGAGGAAAUAAUAUAUUUCCAAGUUAGAUCACGAUAACAUUGCAUUCGAAAACAGGUUAUAAUCGAUAUGACAUUGGUCAAAUCUUUUACUUUUGUAGCAAUGUGCUGCUUGGCGUCUUUGGUGACCUGUAUUUAUAGCGAUAUUCAGCAGCGUUGUCCUCUUCUCCGUCGUUGGUGUCAUGGCGAACGAGAUGGGUGUCCCUGUCGAGGAUGUUGUGAAGUCUGGAAUGUCUAUCGGUCUUGUCGGCUACAGCCGAGCGUUAACCUAUCUCCCUGCGUCUUAUAUCUGGGCUGUGGCAUUCUUCUUCGCUAUCACAAUUGUAGGACUUGACGCACAGGCUGUUUGUACAGAGACGGUGGUGUCAUUCCUGGAACGAUUCGGCGAUAGAUUAGGCCGACAUAGCCAUCUAUAUCUGGUGUUACUGGUCAAUCUAAUCACGCUUCUCCUCAACCUCCCGUUUUGUACACAGUCGGGGCCGUACAUGUUCCAGCUUGUGGACUGGUAUGUACCUACAUGGUCGGUGGUAGUGAUAGCCUUAUCAGAGGUUAUCGCCAUCAUGUGGUUUUAUGGAGGUGAUCUUGUUGACUAUGCUUUAAAAGAUAUGACUGGACGAAAAAUGCCGCAUGUGUUCCGACUGGCUGCAGGCUAUAUAUCACCAGUUUUGUUUUUACUGUUGUUGCUAACAAGCUUCGUCACCUACCGGCCUCCGAAGUACGGCUGGUAUGAGUACCCGGAGUACACUCGCGUCAUUGGCUGGGUGCUGUCGUGUUCAAUUGUCAUCCCUAUACCUCUACACAUCAUCUGGAAGUUCACCAAUGUGAAGGGAACUAUGAUGCAGAAAUGGACAAUUCUUACACAGCCGAAUUGUGACUGGGGUCCUAGUGACAGUGCUAGGCGACUAGAACACCUGGAACGGUUCCAGACUGAGAGGACAUGGGCCGACAUAGCCUACUAUAAUCUUACUGGCAGGCGAAGAUAUUCAACUAAGACACAGCAUGAAACCGUAGCAUUGUUUUAAUGAUCGUCGAAUAUUAUGAAUUCAUUUCGACCAUGUAUCAUACGAGCCUAUAACCAUUUCCUCGGUGAAAUUUUAAAAUAAAUUGCCAAUUUAAAUAGAGAAGAAACAUUUCAUUUUAUUUUAUGCUUAUCAUUUAUCAUGGAUCUAUAUAACGACAAUAACGGAUAUAUAUGAAAUAUGGUGUCUUAUCGUCUUAUUGUUGAU